AUGCAGAAGUGGGCCCCCGCCGACCCCUCCGCGCCCGCGCCCGCCCCCUCCCCGGGCCACGCGCCCUCGACCUCCAUCGACCGCAUCGUCCACCGCCUCCGCAACCUCGGCCUCGGCACCGACGACGACGAGCCCUCCUCCUCCCCCGCCGACGCCCCGCUCGACGGCAGGGAGCGCCUCGGCGACCUGCUCGACCGCAGCUGGGCGCGCCCCGACCGCCAGUUCGCCGCCUCCGGCCUCGACGAGGCCGUCCUCCCGUGGGAGAGGGACCGGGAGAGCGACGGCGAGGAGGCGGACGGGGUCAAGAGGAAGCGGGUCAGGGCGCCCUCCCUUGCGGAGCUCACCAUGGACGACGUGGAGCUGCGCCGCCUGCGGGGCAUGGGCAUGACCCUCAAGGACCGCAUCACCGUGCCCAAGGCCGGGGUCACGCAGGCCAUCACGGAGAAGAUCCACGACGCCUGGAGGAAGUCGGAGCUGGUCCGCCUCAAGUUCCACGAGGACCUCGCCAACGACAUGAAGACUGCCCAUGAGCUUGUCGAGAGACGAACAGGAGGAUUGAUCAUAUGGAGGGCAGGGAGUGUCAUGGUUGUCUAUCGCGGGAGCAAUUACACGAGGCCUCUGAAAUCUCAACCUUUGGACGGUACCUCGUCACUGAGGAAGGGUGAAGAUAGUACAUUGUUCAUCCCCGAUGGCUCGAGCACUGCUGAGAGUGAUAAUCAGGGGAAGGAUCUAACUGCUCAACAUGAUAAUGCACCCAUAUUGGAUCUGCACAAUACAGAGGACAUGACGGAAGAAGAGCUGGAGUUCAAUCAAAUGCUUGAUGAGCUGGGCCCUCGUUUCGUGGAUUGGUGGGGAACAGGAAUUUUACCUGUGGAUGCCGACUUGCUGCCUCAAACAAUUCCAGGUUAUAAAGCGCCAUUUAGAGUUCUUCCAACUGGAAUGCGUACAAGCCUUACCAACUCAGAGCUCACUAAUUUGCGAAAGUUAGCAAGGAACCUCCCUUGUCAUUUUGCUCUAGGGAGAAACCGGAAUCAUCAAGGCUUGGCCGCGGCUAUUGUUAAGCUUUGGGAGAAGAGUUUGGUGGUGAAAAUAGCUGUCAAACGUGGAAUCCAGAACACAAAUAAUAAGCUGAUGUCAGACGAAAUAAAGAAUCUAACAGGGGGUACCCUGCUUCUUCGAAAUAAAUAUUACAUUGUAAUAUAUCGUGGAAAAGACUUCCUCCCAACGUCUGUUGCUGCUGCCUUGGCUGAAAGAGAGGAGUUGACAAAAGAUAUCCAGAAUCUAGAGGAGCAGAGAAGAUCCAUUUCCAUUGAACACUCUCCGGAGGAUGGUUUUGAUGGGCAUGCUCUCGUAGGAACUCUUGCUGAAUUUCAGGAGGCGCAAGCCCGUUGGGGAAGAAAUGUAACUUCUAAGGAGCAACAAGAGAUGAAAGAAGCGUCUUUUAGAUCAGAAAAGGAAAAGCUUUUCAGAAGACUCGAACACAAGCUUUCCAUUGCUCAAGCAAAAAUACAUAAAGCAGGGAAGUUAUUAUCAAAGAUUGAAGCUUCUAUGGUCCUUGCAAACCCAUCCGAUGACCGAGAAAUGAUCACAGCCGAGGAGAGAUCUGUUUUCCGUAGAAUUGGUCUGAAAAUGAAAGCAUAUUUGCCUGUUGGAAUCCGUGGUGUCUUUGAUGGCGUCAUUGAAAAUAUGCACUUGCACUGGAAGCACAGGGAAGUUGUCAAAUUGAUUACAAAGCAAAAGACCUUGGCGUUUGUUGAGGAGACAGCACGACUUCUAGAGUAUGAGAGUGGCGGUAUACUAGUUGCAAUCGAAAGAGUCCCCAAGGGUCACGCACUUAUUUUUUACCGCGGAAAGAAUUACAGGAGGCCUAUUAACAUAAGGCCUAGAAAUCUCUUAACAAAGGCUAAGGCAUUGAAACGUGCAGUUGCAAUGCAACGCCAUGAAGCCCUCAGCCAGCAUAUAGAUCAACUGGAAUUCAAUAUGAAGCAAAUGAAGCGUGAUUUGGGCAUGGAGGACUACGAUGAAGAGGCCGAGGAUGCGUCAGAUUCAGAAAGUGAAGACGAUACAGCGGGCUAUGAUGAGUGUAUGUUUGGUGUGAAGCUUACAUCCAGAGAACUGCUCACAUCAAUAGGCUGCUGCAAGUCGAUCUCAUGA